AUAAAUUUGCAAAGAAAAAUGAGAGUUACUGGUGUAAUUACCCAAGGAGCCAAGCGGAUCGGAAGUCCAGAGUAUAUAAAAUCCUACAAAAUUGCUUACAGUAAUGAUGGAAAGACUUGGGCCAUGUACAAAGUGAAAGGCACCAGUGAAGACAUGGUGUUCCGUGGAAAUGUUGAUAACAACACACCCUAUGCUAACUCUUUUACACCACCCAUAAAAGCUCAAUAUGUAAGACUCUAUCCCCAGGUUUGUCGAAGACACUGCACUUUGCGAAUGGAACUUCUUGGCUGUGAACUAUCAGGCUGUUCUGAGCCUCUGGGUAUGAAAUCAGGACAUAUACAAGACUAUCAAAUCACUGCUUCCAGCGUCUUCAGAACGCUCAACAUGGACAUGUUCACUUGGGAACCAAGGAAAGCUCGACUGGACAAGCAAGGCAAAGUGAAUGCCUGGACCUCUGGCCACAAUGACCAGUCACAGUGGUUACAGGUAAACUUUUCCAAAACUGUUCAUCACCCUCCUCUCCUCUUCCUGUUGGCUAG